GAUCGCAAACCAACUGUAUAUAAAUAUCUAUCAACUGUCUUCGGGCACGUAGUAUAAACGAGUAUAAACAAAUAGCAAGUCAAACUAUGGAUCGCUGGCUAAAUCGCGUUGCUGUUGUCACGGGCGCCAGUUCCGGAAUCGGAGCUGCCUGCUGCAAGGAUCUGGUGGCCAAGGGCAUGGUAGUGGUGGGUCUGGCACGUCGCGAGGAGCGUCUGAAGGAGCUGAAGGAUUCGCUGCCGGCGGAACAGGCCAGCCGUUUCCAUGGACGCAAGUGCGAUGUCAGCCAGGAGCAGGAGGUGAUCGAUGCCUUCGCCUGGAUCGAUGCCACCCUGGGUGGCGCCGAUGUCCUGGUGAACAAUGCUGGCAUUGCUCGCAUCGGAGUGGGCAUCACCAGCGAGGGCAAUGCCACCGAUCUGCGUGCCAUUCUGGACACCAAUGUGCUGGGUGUUUCGUGGUGCACCCGCGAGGCAUUCAAGUCCCAGCAGCGGCGCAAUGUGAACGAUGGCCACAUCCUGAUCGUCAACAGUGUGGCCGGACACCGGGUGAUCAGCAGUCCUGGCCUAAUCACGGGCAUGUACUCGCCAUCGAAGUUCGCCGUCACCGCUCUGACGGAGGUGCUGCGUCACGAGUUCCUCAACAGCAAGACCCAGACCAAGAUCACGAGCAUCAGUCCCGGUGCCGUGGACACGGAGAUCAUCGACAAGAAGGCCCUGGAGCAUAUGCCCGACUUUCCUUUGCUUCGCUCCGAGGAUGUGGCCGAUGCCAUCAGCUACUGCAUCGGCACCCCGCCAAGUGUCCAGAUCCACGAGCUGACCAUCAAGCCCGUUGGCGAAACCAUCUAGGAACCAUGCGAAGUAGCAUAUGAACUGCACAUACUCAUCUAUAUAUCAAGAGAUCUUAGCUUCUGAAUUCUUUAAACUAUUUCAUCAUAACCCAUGAAAUAUAUAUGUAUCCAAACAUUAUGUGAUUAAAACCCUUCAGAAAACCCUUUCCUAACUUUAAA